AUGUGAACUGCGUUAAUUAUUGUCACCUUUUGUAAAGGCUUAGAACUUUUUAUAGUCCCACACUCUCAUUGUGAUCCUGGAUGGAUUGAACCUGUGAAUUGGUAUUAUGAUAAUAAAGUCAAAAAUAUUUUGAGCUCUCUCAUGACAUUGCUCCAAGAGGACGAAAAAAGAAAAGUUGUCUGGUCAGAGAUUUCAUUCCUUAAAAUGUGAAUGAAUAGUCAAUCUGAAAUAGUUAAAAACCAAUUUAAAGAUUUUGUGAAGAAAGGACAAAUCGAAUUUGUAGGUGCAGGAUAUGUACAAAAUGAUGAAGCAUCUACUGAUAUUGAGAUGGUUAUAAGGCAAAUUGAGCAUGGGCAUCAAUACUUAAAAGACGAGUUUGGAAUUGAUAAAGUCAAGGUGGGUUGGCAAAUUGACCCAUUUGGUCAUUCUGCGCUAACUCCAAGUUUAUUUUCAAAGUUUGGAUUUGAGUAUCUUGUUAUCAAUCGAAUAAACGUGGAAUUUAAAAAGCAAUUAAUAAACGAAGGAGAUUUAGAAUUUAUUUGAAAGGGAGUUAACUUAGGUGACGAGGAAUCGAUUUUCACACAUCUCCUUUAUGAUCAUUAUGAUCCUCCACUUUUCCUUCACCCUACAAGGCCUGGGAAUUGAUUUGCUGAGAAAAAAUCAAUAGAAGAAUGGUAAGGUAUAUACAGUGCUAAAGCCCUUUAUAAUUUGGCUAAAGAUCGAUCUAAAUCAUAUAAAACGGACAAAAUAAUGCUCUUAUAUGGAGAAGACUUUUUAUUUGAUAGGCUUGAUGUAGCCAGAGAACUUUUUAAGAGAAUUGAAAAAAUGAGGGAUUUUAUUAAUGAUAAUAUCCCUGAUGUAAAGAUCAGAAUAGCUACAGCUGGAGAAUAUUUUGAAGCAGUAAAACAGUCCAAUUCUAAGUUUUCCAUAUACACAGGAGAUUUUCUUCCAUAUCACAGCCAUAGGCCAACAAAUGAAGAAGCCUAUUGAACUGGCCACUACUCAACAAGGCCAGCUCUAAAGCAAACUAUUUAUUACACUCAAAAACUAGCAAGAGCUGCAGAAAUCGCAAAAUCAGUUAUAAAAUCAGAAUCAUAUUAUGCUUAUGAUGCUAGUUUAGCUCUUCAUCAUGACGGGAUUACAGGAACAUGCCGUCCACAUGUGGCUCAGGAUUAUAUGGAGAGAUUAGUAAAUGAGCAAAAAAAUGCUAACAAAGCUAUUAAGGAAACAAUUAAAGCAGCUUUUACAAAAUCUUCGCAAAGCUACUGGCUAAUGCUCCCUUAUAAAGUUAUAAUUGUAUAUAAUCCAUUAAAUUGGGAUAAAGCUACCCUCCUCAACAUAAAAUCUGAUACACCAAAUAUUGAUAUAAAAAAUUGGGAUGGUGAUUACGUAGCCUCUCAAAGUGUUGAAGAAAAAACCGAAAAAAAUUCUAAAUCCCCAAUUAUAAUUAUUUAUUUGUUUUGCCUUUUUUGCAUAUAUUAUUAAGAUUUUUAUAUUUACUUUAAUCCUAAUCUUAUUUGCAAUUAAAUUUAAAAAAUUGUUUCUAGAAAAUUUGCAGACUUGGCUACUUUUAUUAGGGAUAAGUGAACAAUUUAUUUCAAAAUAAAACUACCUGCACUUUCUUUUGCUACUUUAUUUGUAACUGAGCAUCCUUCAUAUUGCAAAUUUUGUGCGAAAUUAUCAACUAUAAGCCAUGAUAAUAUUUUAAGAGAUAAAGUUUUCAGAAUUGAGAUUAAUAACCUCGGACUUGUAAAUAAAAUAUCAGUUAUAGGUAAAGGAAAUUAUGAUUUUAAACAAGAAUUAUGGACUUAUUCAGGAGAAAAAGGAGGCGCUUAUAUAUAUCACCCCACAAAUCAAGGUUUUUCUAUGAGUGACACAUCACUCAUAAGCAUAAAGAUUUUAAACGGACCUGUAGUCCAGAUUGCAGAAAUAAUUUGGAGAAGAAAAAAAUCUCAAGAUGAAUACCAAAACUACUAUCUAUUUUAUCUUAUAUUAUCUAUAACGUUUAACGUCUACUACGGGGUCACUUUAUCCAGGGCUUACACCAUACUUAUCCACGUGUCGGGCCCAUGAACCUCUGGAUCGAUCCACUUUGCUCCAGGGGAUAAAAAAUACAAUGUUACCGGCUUUGACGGGCUCGCCGCCGCCACUGCUUUGUCUGACUCAGCUCCUGCGCGUGCUCCUCCUAAGGGCCACCUUCCUCGGGUGUGCUGAGGGGUAAAAACCUGAGCCUCUUGAGCGCACUGAGGAGCAGUUCCUCUAAUUAUCCCCAGAGUUAAACCGCUAUUGCUGUGCAGAAAUUCUCGAGGUAAAAAUGAACCCCAUAAAUAAAAAUUACUUGAGGGAGAGAAAAUUAGCAAAGCUAAUUUCUCUCGAACCGAAUACCAUUUUAUUUAUACCAAAACUACUAUCAAAAAAUUAUGCUAUAUGGAGAAAAAAGAUUUAUGUGAGUUUAUGGCUUUUAUUCCACAAUGAAUGAAGAAAUUUUAGUGAGAUUUACAAGUGAAGAUAUUUCUAGCAACGAAUGAUUAUUGACUUCAAAUUCUGGGGAUUUAAGAAUUAGAAAAUACUUCAAAAAUGAUGAUCCUGGUAAAAAAGGAUCAAAUAUGUAUCCUACGCCUGGAGGAUUCGCUAUAAAGCUUGGCAAUGAAUAUAUUAAAUUUUAUCCCAAAUUUUCUUUGGGAGUAGGAAUUGUCAAUCAAAAUUCAUUUGAAAUUUUAAUGCAUAGAAGUUUGGCAAAUGAUGAUACUUUUGGACUUGUAAUGGGGGUGGAUGAUAAAACAUUUGUGAAAUAUCAUUAUGAAGUUGAAAUUGGAGAGCUUCUUGCUUAUAAUUACAAAAGGGCAUAUUUAGAAGCAAAAACAGAUGUAUAUUCGUUUUGAAUAGAAAAUAUUAAUGAUUUUUCUCUUACUAAUGAGAAAGCAAAAGCGUGCGAAUUUACAAGAAAAUGAGAAUAUAUAGCGCAAUCAUUCUAUUAACUAGCUAUACUUCUGAAAAUAUUCACUAUAUACUUUGUCAGCAAAUUUAGGUCUCCAGAAUGGUAAAUCUUAAUUAUGAAGUGGAUUUACUAUUUCUUGAAUUGGUUUACCAACAUUUGUUGGGAAAAUCAAUCCCUAGGUCUCUAAGGAUAUCUCGUUAUUGCUAACUACUUAAUUUCUUAUCAGAAUUUUGGCCGGCAUACCGAUCAAUUAAUCGAGCUCAUACGAGGCUGUCGCAAGACAGCUCAGCCACUAUAGGACUUACUCUGCAGUUCCAUACUCCAGGUUCCAGAAUCCUCCUCUACGGGUGUUGCCAAUGGCGCGUGACUGCAUGCGCCGUUAGAAUAUGUAGGUUUGGGACUUGCUCGCCACUAGCUAACUUUGUCUUAAACCUAAGUAGAGCACCCAUGCAUUGCGACGGGAAAACUCACCUGCAGAGAGAUCUCUAAGGAGAUGUCAAGAAUAUAGCAAGCUUGUAGCAAGUUCGUGCUAUAAUUCAUUAUAUUUGUUUGGAUUAAACAGCACCGAUGCAUAUUUAUCAAGCGCUGUUAUUAAAAAUGGUAUCUUAAACUUCCGACUAUGAAAUUUGCAUGACUCAUAUAAAGGUAUAUCACUUGGCAAUUUUACUUUUAUCGACAAAAACAAAAAAAUAUUAAAUGGUAACACAAAUGUAUUAGUUCCUCAUUCCUGAGCUAAAAAUGAUAAAGAAAUUGAUUUCAAAUUAAAACAGGGAACCGGGAAGCCUUAUCAAUUUAGUCAAAAUACAAAGAAUUCACCUAUAGGCGAUGUUACUCUUAAGCCAUACGAUUUUUCAGAUUUUUACGUCAGGAAAGUUGAAUCCAUUUAUAGUGCAGAUUCUAGCUUAAGCAAAGAAAGGCCAUCAGAUGAAACAGAGUUUAAGAGAAAUGCCCAGAUAAAAUCAGCAUUAUUCCCAAAUGCUCAAUCUGGAGAACUUUAA